GGCCUUUAAUCAGAAAAAAGGAAGGAGGCAUAAGUGAGAGCUUCGAUAUUUCUACUUGCCAUUGGAGGAUAGAUAAUGCUGUAAAGCAUAGUUGGAAUCAAACAUGGACUCUGACGAUCUAGAUGACACUCAUCUGUGCAUUAAAUGCAAUGCCACCAUCGUGGGGCUCUCCAAGUACAUCGAGCACCGCAAAAGCAAUUGCCUGGCCGCACAGAAAACCCAGAGACCCAAAACUCCGGAGACUACGUCUCCUGCCACUCAAGAGGUCUCGCCACCUGCGAUCCUCAGUAGCAGACAUUUGGAUCACACGUACGAUAGCUUUCAUUUCGCCGAGCCAGAGGCCCCCAGCAGCUAUCUGAGAAAGACGACAGCCAGUCAUGGGGGAAAGUCCUCCAAGUCCUUGACAGAAGCCUACGAUCUGCCCUACGAACUAGGGGCAGAUUUGUUCUUCUCUUCCCUGCAGUUGCAGAGUGUUUCGACGGGCGGGAAAACUGUGUCCAGACCAAAAGAAGAGGCCUGGGUUGGGUCGAGUCGAGCGGCCAAGGAAGAGGCCUGGACUGCGGCUAGAGAUCCUGUACUAAAGGCAGUCCGAGAACACGAUGAGGCUGUCUUUAAGCCUCUGAAUUUCGUUCAGGACUCGCCGGAACCCAGCGACGAAGAGGAUGAAGACGAAGACGAUCCGGAUGACUCGUUCGAUGCGGAGGAAGACGAAGCCGAAGAGGAGUACGAUGCGGUGCAGCACUCGCCACCCGCAGUGCCUGCCACACACACGGGGGGCAAGUGGAAGCCCGAGCAUCGGCCCCAGUUGGGCCACACCCACAUCGAAAGGAUUUCCCCCAGCUGGGAUGAGCCGGCGGAAGAGGUCUAUGCCCAUCCCCCAGAGGAGCACACUCACGGCAAGUGGGUGCCCGGCAGCAAGCACCUGGAGUACCGCGAGAAUAUCGACCUGACGAAGCUGCAACAGCCGGGCGUCAGUUAUUGGUGCAACAUCUGCUGCAGGCGGUUGAAGAGUCGCUGCAACUACGAGCAGCAUUUGCGAUCGGCAUACCAUUUGAAGAGAGCGGAGGCCGAACGCCAGCUGGAGCAGGCCACCCUCGGGGGGAAGCUCCCGCUAAGCAAGGACUUCAUCCCGCCGGAGAGGGAGGAACAGCAGCCAACAGAAGAGGAGCCAAUGGCAGAGUCGGAGAUCCCUAAAAGGAAACGCCGUGCGCAUUUCUUGCGCUGCGAUCUGUGCCACCACACGAUGGCCCGGCAUAUGAUGGGCAAGCACCUGAUCUCGCACUAUCACUACAGACGCCUCCAGCAGCAGACGCCGCUGCGAAGGCAGUCCUUCCUCAAGGACAUACUCGACCACAUGGGCAGCAUUGUGCGGCAGUCGCCGUUCCAGUGCCAGCCCUGCAGCUUUUAUGCCAACACGGAAGAGGCCUUCCUGCGGCACUGGCGAUCCGCAGAGCACUUGAAGCAGGUCCAGGGGCGCAGAGGAGACAGCUUUUGGUGCAGCUACUGCCAGUUCGAGUGCGAGUCCAGCGACCUGAUGUGGCAGCACAUGCUGCACCCGUGCCACAAGGAUGUGGUGCUGGCCCUCAACCGAUCAGUGCCCAUCUGCAUUGCCCAGCGGAGUCGCCUCCAGUGCUCCGCUUGCGGCGAGAGCUUCCUUUACAACAUGCAGCUGCGUCGCCACUUUGCCACGGAGCAUCCGGGCCUGCCGCCCACCGACACGGCCGCCGACGACUACCAGAGUCGCUUUCGCUGUGGCAUAUGCGGAGCGCCACAGAUGUCCCGCCUGGCGCUGCAGCGGCACGAGAAGUUCAAGCAUCGCCUGGAACGGUACUACUGCGGCAUCUGCCACCUGGAGUUUGAGACGGCGCUGGAGGCACGUCGUCAUCGGAGUCUGUUGCAGCACAAGCUGCGGUCCAACCCGAAGGACAGGGUUGCCCCGCAGUCGGACAAGGUCCUGGAGCGCAUGCUACGCGAGGUCCUGGAGGAUCAAAGGCCAGAUCCCCCGCCAAAAAAGAAGCGACUGGUCGUGGCCUGCAAACAAUGCGCCAACUGCCAGAAGGUCUUUGACUCCCCCCAAGCACUGGCCCAGCAUCGAGCGGAGGCACAUCCCACGGAAAACCACGGCUGUCUGAUCUGCGGCGAGAACUUUCACUCCCCCCAGGCCCUGGGGAGGCACAACCGCAGCUGCCAGCCCACAGCCAGCACCUCCUCCGCUGCCACUACAGACAGCAGCAAGUCCUGGAGCUGCGAUCAGUGUCCGUUCAGCUGCGAGUACGAAUCGGAUCUGCUAUAUCAUCGAUUCUUUCACACUCGAUCGGGGUCCAUUGGCCGCAACGAGAUGCUCCAGUGUCCGCGCUGUCCAAAACGCUUCAAGAUGUACUCCCUCAGGGCGCACCUCAGAACCCAUACGAAUGAGAAGAUCUUCGAGUGUCCCGAGUGCCAGAUGAAGUUUGGCAGGCGACACAAUCUCAAGAAUCACAUUGCCACGAUGCACAGCAAUAAGGAAAAGCCAAAGAAGGAGAAACAGGAAGUAAGGAAACCCUGCGAUGAAGAAAGACCUAAAUACCCGUUGGCAGUAUUCGGAAAAAAGCUGGCAAAUAGGAGUUCCCAAAAGCAUCACGAGCAGAGCCAUACCCCGAGUGUGGAGCGUAGCUUUCGCUGUCAUGUCGCGGACUGUACAUAUUCGGGUGCCACCCAGGUGAGCCUCCGCAUCCAUUUGGCCUCUCAUUCCCAGGGAAAACACAAGUGCGACAGGGACCAAUGCAAGUAUGUGGGAAAGAGCGAAGUGCAUUUGAAAAGGCACCUCAAGUCGGUCCAUGGCAAGGAGCAGGACAAGUGGUUCCCCUGCGAUCAGUGCGAGUUCAGGGCCCGCAGCAAGGACAAACUCCGACGGCACUCCAUCAGUCACUCGGAUGAGAGGCGCCACAAGUGUCCCCACUGCAUUUUCCGAUGCAAAAAUAUCGACAAUCUACGCAAACACGUGAUGAAAACGACCAUGCAUCCUGGCAAAUUCAUGUACGAGUGCAAAAAGUGCUCGGAACAGAAAUCGAAGGAGAUUUACAAGACCAACAACUACCAGGAAUAUAAGAGACAUUUGACAACGCACCAAAAGAACUAAGGUGUGGCUUUCUGAACAUAGAAAUGUAAAAAAUAAAUUAAAAAAUGUAGCAAUGCAUCGGCCGGGAAUCGAACCCGGGCCGCCCGCGUGGCAGGCGAGCAUUCUACCACUGAACCACC